AUGGCAGAAGUUCCUCCAGCCGCCGCACAGGCCACCCCGGUGAAAGCCCCGAAGAAGAAGGCAGCGUCCAGGCCCAGCAGGAAGGCUGGUCCCGGUGCCGGCGAGCUCGUCUUGAAAGCAGUGGCCGCCUCCAACAGCCGUAGCGGGAUCUCCUACGUGGCCGUGAAGAAGGCCAUGGCCGCUGAGGGCUACGACGUGGUUCAGAACAACGCACACGUUAAACGCGCCGUCAAGAAGCUGCUCGAGGGAGGAGCCCUCGUCCAGGUGAAGGGAAACGGGGCCAGCGGCUCAUUCAAGGCGGCCAAGCCCACCGAGAAGCCCAAGAAGGUGGCGAAGAAGCCCGCCGUCAAACCCAAGAAGCCCGCAGUGAAGAAGGUCACCCCCGCCAAGAAGUCUGCUGCCGUCGCCAAGAAGCCAAAAGCGGCCAAGACUACACCCAAGAAGGCGAAGAAGCCCGCGACCCCCAAGAAAACAUCCGUGAAGAAGAUCACAAAGAGCCCGGCUAAGAAGGUGGUGGCCAAGAAGGCAGCGACACCCAAGAAAGCCGCGAAGAAGGUCGUGAAACCCAAAGCCGCGAAACCAGCGAAAAAGGCCGCAGCUAAAAAACCAGCAAAGAAGACUCCAGUCAAGAAACCAGCGAAGAAGUAAACUUUUUUUAAAGUUUGUUUCGCGCCACAAAAACGGCUCUUUUAAGAGCCACCCACAUACACAAGAGAGACCUUAUUUCCUCAAUACUGAAUAUAUAUAAUAGUUGAAGAUGACAUCAACCUUCAAUUAGUCAUAAAUACUUGAGCACACACUCUUAGAUGUGUAAAUAAGCUCAAUAUAAAUAAUCAUUUAAUAUUAAUAUCCUUCCCAC